AUGCCUUCAUCGGUACCUACCCUACACCGCAUGAACGGAGCUGCGAUCUGGGAUACUUCAGUAGUAUCUACUUGGAUAUCUGCUGCUGCUGGCGAUUACAAGGUUUCUCCGUGGUGCGAGAAUCCUCAAAUUGCUACCAGGGCGAAGGAUCAUCUUGCCUUGACCAGCCACGAUGACAGCAAAGUCUCGAGCAUUUUGUUACACUAUCAUGUUCAACUAUAG